AUGACAAAGUUGAACACACAUUCUGAGCAGUUUACUGGUCGAGUGGAAUAUGUUGGGGAUAAAGAGAAAAACUGCACUCUGAGAAUCAGAGGCCUGAGAAAGAGUGAUUCUGGAGAAUAUCGCUUUAGAUUCAGCACUAAUACUGAAAGAGGGAAAUUCUCUGGUAAACCAGGAGUCAUUCUAAAUAUCACAGAUCUGCAGGUGAGAGUGAGUCUCACCCCAGUAUCAGAGGGACAGACUCUAACACUAGGCUGCAGCUCCACCUGCACUCUGCCCUACAACCCCACCUACAUCUGGUACAAGAACGGACAGCCUGUAACCAACAAACCCACCAAACACAACAAGCUGUAUCUGGAACCAGCAGACAGUGAGGAUGGAUUCCAGUAUUCCUGUGUUUUAGGAGAGGAGAGUACAGCGUUAAAGCAAGUCACAAUUGGAGUGGCAGUCUGUCUGGCUCUAAUACUCAUCACAGGAGCUCUGUGGAUAUGGAGGAGAAAGUCCAGGUCAGUUGAAGAGCACAGGAACUCUGGGGAUGAUGGCCAGUGUGAUACGGCUCAUGUGUAUGAAAAUAUCCCAACUGUGGCCAUGACUAACCUCAGUCGAAAAGCAUCAUCAGAUGACCAAAAUGACAUUCACUACUUAAGCCUUCAUUUCCAACAUUCCCAAACCCAGAAGGGGUCUUCAGUGUCAACCACCAGACUUCCUACUAACUCUUCAGAGGAAGAGUGUGUUCAGUAUGCUCCUGUGAACUUUAGCCGACACAAAACUUCCACAACAGGCUUUGGCAGCUGCAGCAGCUGAUGACCCAUCUCAGACCUACAGCCAGAUCCAUAAACCCAAACCCUCCACAUGAGAAACACAACACCCUCAGUGUGAGCUCUGGGGCUUUUUUAUCCAGGGCUCAGUCCCCUAGUGGCUUUAGCCUUGCCACAAAAUGUUUUUCCUUUAGAACAGUCGGAGUUGAGCAGAACGUUAAUCAAGGGUUACAGUUAUAUCAGUGGUAAUUAAGUGUAACACUGUCUUAAAAAACAACAACUUUUGCCUUUGAAUUUCUGUUGGAAAAUGUUUUUCAGUAUUGUUACCUGAGAAGAAGUCAUCAAUCAUUCAAACAAGCCAUAUUCUUUUAUAAGAUCGCCAAGCACCAAGUUUGAAGAGGGCUAAUAUUAUAUCAGUAGUUAGCUAAAGCUGCAAGCCCACAGUAUUGGUUCAUGUUUUCAAAUUCACUAGCAGUAAAAAAUCAUUUUAAGAGGGUGGUUUAAGGGGAGGGUACCGGGCCUGGUGGCUGCUGUAGUGUAACUUUUAACCUAAGAUGGAAAAAAAUAAUUUGAUUUGCAAGAUGCAGGAGCUCGGGAUCCUGGAGCAACACUGAGAAACACAUAUAAUCCCAGUGUUUAAGCAAAUCAGCACAGCAUCCAUACAGACAGGAGGGACAUGGGUGUUGUAGGGCCUGUAUACUACAGUGGAAGGGAUUUGGAUGAUUCUCACUGGCUAUUAAAAGACCAAUAUGUAAUUUACUGUAAUAAAUUAUGAAAUGACUACAUUUUAUAAUUGACUACAAUGACUGCACAAAGAUUAAGAAACAUGCCAAGCUGAAAUACAUGCUUCUGCCAUAACAGUGAUGCAGUCAGCAUCUCCUUUGUAACCAGCAUGACAGAAGUAUGUCAGAAACUGCAACUUUGACUAAAUGUAAUGUGAUUCUUUUUUAAUCAUUUAUCCAUGCCCAUCUUUACCUAUCAGCUAUUUAUGCAUCUUAUCUAAUACUCAUUUUUCAAGAGUUUAUUAAAA